AAAUCAUCAAGAGAGAGAUAGAUAGAUAUAUAGAGAGAUGGGGAAGGCACGUACGGUGGGAGUGGGAAUGGACUAUUCUCCGACGAGCAAAUUAGCUCUCCGGUGGGCAGCGGAGAAUCUCCUUGAAGACGGCGACACCGUCAUCUUGAUUCACGUCCAACCGCAAAACGCCGAUCAUACCCGCAAAAUCCUCUUCGAGGACACCGGUUCACCGCUAGUUCCUUUGGAGGAAUUUAGAGAGAUUAAUUUGUCUAAACAGUAUGGACUUGCUUACGAUCCUGAGGUUCUUGAUGUUCUUGAUACUCUCUCUAGGGCUAAAAAGGUGAAGGUUGUGGCAAAGGUGUAUUGGGGAGAUCCAAGGGAGAAACUUUGUGAUGCUGUCGAAAAUCUUAAACUCGAUUCCAUUGUUCUUGGCAGUCGAGGUUUGGGUUCUCUCAAAAGGAUCUUGCUGGGUAGUGUGAGCAAUCAUGUGGUGACAAAUGCAACAUGUCCAGUCACAGUUGUUAAGGCUAAUUAAAGUUUCUCUUGUUCUUUAAUUGGACCCAGUUAAUAACGCUAGUAGUUACGU